AUGACUCUUGAAGAAGUAUUCGCAAACCUCUGUUGGCCGCCGACUCGUUUGAACCUUGCUACAGCAAGCGAAGAGGCACAUAAGGGAACCGACGCCGCGAGCUUGGGAGCAGGGCUCAUCGCUGAAAGUCACGCUGGCGACACAUAUUGUAGCAAGCUAAGUGCAGAGAACUGCCCGGACACAAUGGACUUUUCCAUCACUAGGUCGACGACUACCGCCGCCACUUCAUCGAUCAAGGAGGGCUGCAGCUGCCUCCGCCCGGCAUGCCAUCACGGUAAAGGCAAAGCGAAUUCGACCGAUGAUCAACAGGUACACUCGGUGUACCGUCAGCGAUUUCACCAGCGGCAACCAACGUUGCAAGCGGGCCAUUGUGUUCCACAGCACGCUCGCUCUAAGCCCUAUAGAUUGCGAAUCGAAGAUGCCCUCUAUGACCUUCCUGGGUGGUUUGGCUCUGCGCCGGUUGAUGGAGCUUUUACGGGCUACGUUUGCGUAGCGGUUUCCCGCACCAGAGCCUUCGUAAAGCGCUGUUAA